AAUGUGGGCCUACAAGGAAUCGUGACACACAUCAAACGAGGAAGGGCUUUAAUAGGUUCACGAUCAAGUCACUUAUUGUGGUUAGUAUGGUACAUUAUUGAACUUAUAUGUAAACUGUUUAUGCCACUUCACUUCUUUCUUGUCUUCUGAUGACAACCUUUAGUGGUCAUCCACCUCCUCCUUCCCAUCUAUCUUGAUCGGACUACUAUCCAUCUAUCAAUCGAUUCAUAAAUUCUAUUCUAUACUUGUGAUAAGAAAACCAUUGUCGACAAAUGAGGAAUCUUUAACCCCGUAUACACUUGAAUCCUCAUCAAGUUUUAUCCUUUUCAGAAUAACUUUUACUCUACAGGCUUGGAACCAAUCUGGGUCUUUGGGAAAAUGUCCAAACAAGGCUUUGAUUACUGGUUUCAAUGGCAAGUUCCGGUGUGUGCUUUGCUCUUCAUCAUACCAGCUGUGGUAGCUGUGAGAUACAUUAAGAAGGAAAAGGCAGAGCCUUUAAGAUCCUUUGACUUGUGGAAUUGUUGUUGGAGAAAUCUCAGUCCAAUUUGGCUUCUAUUAUACAGAGCUUUUUCUUUUAUUUGCUUGGCUUGGAUGCUCUAUAGCACGGUCUCAAUAACUGGACCUUUUGUCUUCUUCUUCUACACCCAGUGGACUUUCUCAUUAGUUAUGUUAUAUUUUGCGUUGGGGACUGUUAUAUCUGCUCAUGGAUGUUGGAUGUCUACAAAAAAAUCCUCAUCUGAAGAAGGAACCACAACUUUUGAGGAGGAAGAAUUCAAAGACAAAAUCAAGUUAAGCAGUUCGCAUGCGAAAAAAGAGAUUAACCAAAAUGCAGGAUUAUGGGGAUAUCUAAUGCAGGCUAUGUAUCAGACUUGUGCGGGUGCUUCUAUCUUGACAGAUUUGGUAUUUUGGUGCCUUUUAGUUCCAUUACUAGCCAAUGUUCAGUUUGAACUAACUCUGUUGAUAGGGUGUCUACACGCUGUCAAUGUUGUCUUCCUUAUUGGGGAUACUGCACUCAAUGGCCUUCCAUUUAAGUGGUUUGGCUUUGCCUAUUUUGUGCUGUGGAGUUGUCUCUAUAUUACUUUCCAGUGGAUCGUUCACGCUUGUGGUUUUAUGACAUGGUGGCCGUAUCCAUUUCUCGAGCUCAAUACACCAUGGGCACCCUUGUGGUAUUUUGGAGUGGCGUUAUUUCAUAUUCCCUGUUAUUGGAUAUACACACAACUUUUCAAAGCCAAAAAUUAUGUUCUGCCCAGAUUGUUUCCACGAGCUUUUGUUAGGCUAAAUUAGUGUGUCAUUGUUGUUCGUAUGGAAUGUAUCAGCUGUUUUUCAUCCAACCUCCGUUUCAACAUUUGAUUUGGACCUUAGAAAUAAAAUGGAUAUAAGUUUAAAUGGUAUUUUUAAAAA